UCUUCCUCGUCUUUUUGCCAUCGGCGACGAGAUCCAUUCCAAGAAUAUUGCACACCAGUAACAAGCAAUCUCUCCAACCAAACCUCCCUCUCGUCUCUCCAAAAUGACCCGCGACUCCACAGCAACAUACCUCCACCUCCACGCCUCGCACCAUGCGGAUCUAACCGAAGACUUCACGCGCCCCUCGACCUCCGCCCUCCCCGCAGAAGACAUCUACAUCCCGCCGCACCUGCAGCCGCUGAACCCGGAAGAUGAAGACGACGUGGUGCCAGACCAACACGCCGCAUUUGGCAUCCAGCGCGCUACACAGGCGAAGAAGGAGAGUAUCUGGCAGGACUUUGGGCUUGAGGAGCUGGUGAGGAGGGCGCCGGGGGAAGGGUUGGGAGAUGGAGGGGGUGCUGGGGGCAGUGGGAGCGGAGUAGGGGGGAAUGGGAAUGGGAUGAGGGGCGCUAUGGGGAGAGAUGAGCCUGUCAGGUUGGCGUUGGGGAGGAGUCGUGGGGGUGGGAGUGAAGGGGCGAGGAGGACGGGUGGUGCCGGUAGUGUUGCGGCGCAGAGUUCAAAUGCGGGUGCUGGGAACGGUUUGCCGCGAUGA